CCUCGUGUAUCCGGCGUGUUGAGGUAGAAAUUCACCUUUUUCUCUCGCCAUUCUAUCGUCAAUCAACGACGUCCACGACCUCUGUCGACAAUCUUUCUGUCGUUUCCGGUGGUAAUGGAGGCUCGUAACAACCUUUUUUCUCGCGGCUCGACACCACCUGUACAGCAGCCUCAGCCACAGUAUCACUCCAGUCAGCAUCUAUCGCACAACAUUUCUUCUACCAAUAUCGACACUCUGUUUCAACAUAUCAAUUCUUCGUCUUCUGACCUUUCCCAAUCCCAAUCUCAACAGUCGUUCAGCCAGCAGGAGAGUUACGGCAGCAACGGGUCCAAUCCAACAACGCCCAUGAUGUCCGUGUCCGACGAACCAUCGUCCCCGCAUGCGAGCAGUAAUUCCAACGCUACCCUCGCUGAAAGGCAAAACGCAUUAUUAUCUUUGCUUGCUGGUCCUCCAAGCAACCCAGCACCUCGGAACUCGAAUGCUGGGCCAGGUCCGACCAUGCCACAGCAGAUUCCUACGCCUCCAGGAGGUUCUCAGCCUAGGUCUGGAUCAGGAGGCUCUGCAGCAAGCGCAGAAGCACAGGGAAAAUUGCUGUUGGAGCAGCUGAUGACUGGAACAGCCCCAAGGUCAAAUUAUUCAGAAUCUCCACACAAUUCUGCCAACCCUGCAGUCGCACCAUCGCCGCCAUAUCAGUCGCAGGAAGAAUACCGUCCUUACGGUCCACAGUAUCAGGAUACUAUCGAUCUCACCGCAGACAUUCCUCGUGCUCCUGUUCCACCUCAACCUCAACAGCAGCAACAACAGCAGCUACCACCGCAGCCAGCAGCAGAACCACAAAAAACCAUGUUCGACUUUGUCUCUCCUUUCGACGUUCUCUCAUCGACAUCAGGACCUCCCAAGAAAAAGGUCCCGCAGUCGGCGACUGUUUCAAGUGGCGGCGAAGAAUCAAGCUCGUGGACGUCGGUUUCGGAUCCGAAGCGACGAUCUGUCGAAAACCUCUUGGAGCAGAUGACUAACAUCCAGUCAUAUCCUCAGCAGACAUCGCCGUACGAUUUGUAUGAUCCAUCGAGCAGCGAUUACACACCUAGGUCCACAGCGGAUACAAGGUUGUCUCAGGCGGAUCCUCGAGUUCCGCCUCCACCUCUUCCUCCAAAACCCGCUCCGGGUCGUGAGCCCUCUCCCCGUCUCUCACCACCAAAGACACAAGCACAGCGUGCACGUAUGGGUGAAUCACCGGCCAGUCAACAAGGUACCAUUCAGAGCAAUGGCGGUAGCAAGCGAGAUAAGGAAAGUUCCCCAGGACCUCGCGGCGGUAGCAUCAGGCGUGGCCAGGGCAGAGGAAACAAGAACUACGCGAACGCGAAUUCUCAGCCGCAGACUAUCAUCUUCGAUGUCUCUCAGCCUUUGGAUGAAAUCCAGGCCCCAAGGGAUUCUGUCAAAUCGACAGCAAUUGCAUUGGUCAAGCAGGAGACCGUCUUCCUUCCUGGGACAACCAUUGGUGCUACGCACUGGGUGGCCUACGCUAUGAGCAGAGGACGUGUCCGUGUAAUCUCUCGUUCCAAUGGCGAUCGAACGCUCCUUCAGCUACCGCCUACCUUUGGAAAUGCCAGCGUCUCCGACAUGGCAGUAUUCGGUAAUCGCUUGGCCGGUGUCACCUCUGACGGCGGAUUUGUUGUUUGGGAGCUCCCAGAAGUGAUCACCGACGAUGUCCCGGGAACUCUGUUGCUCUGUGUCGCACCUUUACCGGAGACAGAGCCUCUUCAAUCUGUAAAAUGGCAUCCCAAAGAUCCUGAUACUCUUGCUGUUGCCUCUGAUAGCCAAAUUUAUCUAAUUGAUUUGGCCAAUGUUUCUGGAUUGCACGGCCCCAACUUGACACAUAAUGACCUUCGUCACAUCGGGCAUCUCAUAACUCUGUCUUCUUCAUUGGUUGCCUUCGACUUCGAUACUUUGCAAUACGCGCUCCUUACCAUCUCCACUGACUCUACUCUGACAACGUGGAAUAUCCAGGACAGAGUUCCUUAUGCCAGUCAUAAGAUCCGCGGUGAAGAUACACCUUCUUCGCUCACAUACGCAGACGGUGUCAUCGUCGUUGGUAGGAAGAACGGGACUGUGUUCCAACUCCUUUCAUCCAAUACGAAAGCGGUGCUCUCUACAAUCAAAUUCGUAAGCAGUGCUAGUGGUCCAGACGAACUUAGCAUGUUCGGUCAUGUUAGCUACGAUGCGCGGAUUCAGACUCUUUGGAUUGCUAACUCGAGGCGUGACAGUAUGAUCGCUUUCAAGUUGAACAUGGACUCUCCCGUGAUCAUGGGUGACGAAUCUGGCAGGGGUUAUGUCGAGCAGGUCGUCGAGUUUUCCGGGCCGAAACCCACCAUACAUUUCGUCAUCUUGACGGCAGACGCAGACCCCAAUGGGGAUGAGGCCUACGCCGCUUGCGUUGCUGCUAAAGUACCUCCUGGGGAGUUGGCCUUGGCAGCGUUCUCUGUACAUUCGAGUGGUGUUGAUCAGAUUCUUAUCCGCAGAGAGUGGUUUGAUGUCGCGCUUGCGUCGACGACAGCCAAGUAUCCUCCUAUCGCUCCGCCACAGCCUCCUCCUGAAAAGGCCAGACAAGCACCGACGGUUGUUGCUCCUCAGCCGGCGGCACCUCCCCGCUUGAGGACGCCGCCAUCGGAAGAGGUUGAGGUUGAUGUAUCGAGGGACGAAGGACGGACCCACGAGCCGAAAGGGAAAGGUCAGAAGGGGAAGAAUGUGACCUGGGGUGGAAAAGACGAUAAUGGGAAGGGUAAGGAGAAGGAGAACACUGAGGUUCCCGUCGGACAAGCUUUGACUAAAGAGAUGAAGAAAUUGGAGGACAGCUUGCAUACAAGAAUCACGCGCUCACUCAACAAAGAAAUGGACAAGCAACAGCAACGGUUUGAGGACGCUCGAGCACAUGAGCAAGCGGAAGACUUCGCUCGCCAGGAGAAGAUUCUAAAGUUAAUUUCCACGGAAUUGACCAGGAACACUACCAGGGUCGUCGAGGUCGCCGUCAAGAACGAGGUCCAGAAUUCAGUUCUUCCUUCCCUUGAAAGUAUCACCAGGAACGAAGUGAAAACUGUUUUGAAUGAUCAGCUCGGAAGGGGCCUGACGGACCUUGUCUCACGACGUCUUCCCGCGGAGAUGGAAUCUCUGCUACUUCGUCCGGAGUUUUCCAACAAGCUCGCACAGAUCCUCGCAUCCAAUAUCAAUAUCGCUAUCGAUAGACAAGUGAAGGAAGUGGUUACCCAGAUUCUCAUUCCUGAAAUACACAAUAUCAAGAGUGAGAUCACGCGAUGGCAGAGUGAAGUCAGUAGAAGCCAUGAGACGUCGAUCAACCAGUUGGAACGGUCAGUGCGGUUGUUGUCCGAGCAGGUGAAGUUCCAGAAUUCGCACCCUCCGGCUGGUACUCCUCCAACGCAGCCUCCGGCGUCGCAAUCGCUUCCUAUGGGCAUGCCUAUGCAGCAACAGCAAGCCAUGGGUCAGCCUCAACUUCAAAUGCAGGCUCGCAUGCCCAUGGGUCACUCCAGUGGCCCCAUGCCCCAGCAGCAACCGGGAUGGUAUCCUCAUGACCCACAACCGGCACAAGCACCUCUGCCAUCGUGGUACAGGCAGGGAAUCGCGGCACCGCAACCCUCUCACCCUGCGCAGCCUCCACCUCCGGUUGAGAAGCCCAUAACUGCGGAUGAAAUGGCCAAAUAUGAAAAUCAUUUCGUAGAACACUUGUCGCCUUCGGCCCCCGUGCCAGAUCUCCUUAAUCUCUUGUCUCGUACUAACAUUGACACGGUCCUCUCCAUGCGACCCGAUGUUCCUACGCUGUCCCAGACCUGUAUCAUUGUUAUAAUCCAUCGAACUACUCCCAUCAUUGAUAUGUCUGCACCUUCUGAUCCUGCGUUUAAGCUUGCUAUUCAGUGGAUGCACCGAGCCUUGCAACUCCUGCGUCUAGACGACAACAUGAUGCUGGACUACGCUCCAAGAGUUAUGCCCACGGUUUAUCGUAGUCUCGGUAUAACGGAAAAGCGUCUGAGUCUUCUCCCGGAGAUGUCUCCCUCGACGAAUGAGGGUAUACAGCAUUUGAGAGAGAUUCGGGCAAUGAUUGAACGAAAGGUUCCUGGUGUAAUGAGAACGCAGGCUUCUACUGCUUCUGCUGGAAGUUCUACAUCCAAUGCUGGUCAGGCUUGAGACUUGUCACUCCUUUUUUUACGAUUUCUUUGAAUUUACUUUUUUACUUGGGCUGUAUCGCUUCCUACUCACGAAUAUCAUUACUUACGCUUCGAAAUGACGUGAGCGGCAUUGCCAGUUCCCGAUAUAGAAAUUGAGUGGGCU